AUGUCAACACCACAGCCUCAACCAAAGUCAAUCCUCAAAAAGACCUCUUCACACACCACCACACUCGAUGCAGACUCCUCAGACACCCUCACCACCAACCUCAAAAUAAAACCAAAAUCAGAUGCCGAGCGCAAACGCCUAGACACCGCCAUCCAACACGCCCAUCUCAUUCAAGAGCAAAAAGCCAUCAUCCUCAAAACCCUAAACUCCAUCGAAGAACUCUCAGACUAUCCCUCUGACUCUACUGCCUCUGCCUCCGAAACUUCUGCUUUCCUAUCAGCAAUGGUAGAUUUCCAGCCAUCAGAUUACGAUGCGCUGAUUGAAGAGAGACAUGUAAAUGGUAGGUGUGGAUACACUCUAUGUGCCAACGCUCCUAGAAAGCAGGGACCCAAGGCCCCGUGGUUGAAGAAUAAAGUCGAGAAUUGGUGUUCGGAUGAUUGUGCGAAGAAAGCUUUGUAUCUCAAGGCUCAGCUGUCAGAAACGCCGGCCUGGGAGCGCAGAGCUGGUGAUCGUACUCCCUUGGUGUUGUAUGCAGGAGCUGGAGCAGUGAAAACGACAUCUUCGACACCAUUGCCAUUGCGACAGAAGCCAUCAUCAACAGCCAACAACGACCGCGAUUUGGCUUACGAAAGAGGCGAAGUCGAUAGGGUGGCUGAUGCAAAGAUGGAUAAAGUCAUCAGGGCAGAAGUGCGAGAAAACUCCGUCAUUUCUUCUGUCAUGCCGCCAACAACGACGAGGUUCGCGGACAGUGAUGUGCAUGAUUUGAUAGAGGGGUACCAGCCACGCGGCGUGCAACAAGGAAACCGCAUCACUAUCAAGUCCGCAGGCGGUGAUAGCGAUGAUGAGGAUGAAGCAUGA